CGCGUAGAUGCACAACCCUGUGCACAAUCCUGGAAUAAAGCCCCAGCAGUUUCUAGAAAAGUGGAUUUAGCACGGACACGCACCACAAAUUGCAUACCCGCGGUGCAAGAAAAUGAAUGUUGCUAUGUAGUUUACAUUAGUUCUUCAGGGGGCGUUAGUGCGCAAGGGCAUUUUGCGAUAACAGGGAGAGGAGGCCGUCAGCCGUCAUAUCAUGGCUGCACUAGUUCACAGUUUAUCUUUCUCUUUCUACAUUGGAAUGAGAAAGAUAAGCUCUGAACUAGUUGCAGCCAGUUCAGCUGAAGAGAACAGAUCUACUGUAAUCGGCGCAAAUAUGGCUGCUUCCUUGAUCGGAACGUGUACGAAAUUCAGUUUGCUGAGGCAGCCACUUUGUGAAAUUGUCAAAGAUAAUAACGUACGGAAAUAUAUCUUACACAGUUCGUUCCUCACGUGCACGCAAUGCCGGCGUUAUCAUACAACACCACAAUAUUUCAAGAGCAAGCCAAAGAGGCAGCUGAAUGCUUUCACUCAACUCAAACCAAAAAGACAUGUGCCAGUUGUGAAUAUAUGGGCUCGAAUGACAGUAUCGGAACUGGCAACAUCUGCUGAAAGGGAUAUAAAUGAUGUCGUAGACGCAAUUUCUCUGUGUGAUUUAGUGACGCGUUACAAUAAAAAUACUGUUGUAGAGGAUCCGCAUGUAUUGUAUAAUGCUGUGCGGAAACUUGGGGCAAAAUUCAAAGUGAUUCCUAGGCCAGACAGCAAUGUGGAAAAGAAUACAAAGGACUGCGAUGUUGUUAAACGGCCUCCACCGGACGAAUCUGUACUGAUAAAACGUCGUCCAGUAGUAACAAUUAUGGGCCAUGUCGAUCAUGGCAAAACUACGUUGCUUGACACGUUACGUAACACGUCGGUUGUGAAAACGGAGUUUGGUGGUAUUACUCAACACAUUGGAGCUUUCAAUGUAACAUUGAAAACGGGGGAAACGAUCACAUUUUUGGACACUCCUGGACAUGCUGCUUUUAAUAUAAUGCGAAUGAGGGGCGCACAAGUAACUGACAUUGUAGUAUUGGUAGUAGCGGCAGAUGACGGCGUGAUGGAGCAAACCGUAGAAAGUAUACAUAUGGCAAAAGCCGCGAAUGUUCCGAUUAUUGUGGCUAUUAACAAAAUCGACAAACCGGAAGCCGACAUUACAAGAACGCAAAAGAUGCUUGCACAACAGGGGAUUCAAGUAGAGGCAACGGGCGGGGACGUUCAGAGCGUUAAUAUAUCAGCUUUGCACGGAACCAAUCUAGAUAUCUUGACAGAAUCUAUAGUAUUACAAGCUGAACUCGUGGGAUUAAAGGGUGACCCGACAGGGUUAGUCGAA